AUGAACAGGAAGAAGCAGCAGAAGCUCGCCGAGUCUCUGUGCAGAACCGCGAGGCACUGUGAGUGGCAGGCGGGACUUCCCUUCCCCACUCCCGCCAAAAAAAUAAUUUAAAAAAUGGCUGUCCCCGCAGCAUUUGCCCUUACGCUUUUUACACGCGGUCAGUCGUUCAGGCGUCGGAGCGAGGCCACCAGGGAGCCCCGGGUUGACACGCGUGUUCGUGGGUGCGUCCUGUGAGGUAGCUCGCAUGACCUAACCUACCCCACAGGGGUGUUGUUGAGCGGAUAAAGCAGGGCCCCGCUGAGCUCCACAGAGGAAGGCAGCGUAGAAAUGCAAUAAUGAAAGCAUACACGGGGCCCCCAAGGUCCACACAUAGUUUUAGCUGUGUAGGAUAUGGCCCUCAACAUUGGCUGGUAAGCCAAUUUCAGCAACUCCCAAGAAAGGCAGCAUUCAGCAACCCCAAAAUUUCAUUUUCAGGUUGCAAUCCUACCGUGGGUGUUUUCCCAAUUGAUAACUUCUGAGUAGACAUGCACAGGAUUCCACCAUCGAGCUAGAAAUCCAGUGUAUUCCUUUGGUUGCUCAGAGGAGCCCAUGUUUUCCAGUGCCCAUUGUGUGCUGUUCUUUUUAAUUUGUCACCAUAUCUACAUGGGUCUCCUCCCAGGUGAAUGUGCUCUCUUGCUUUUUGAGGUGUGUUCGGUGACAACACAGUGCCCUGUAGGCAGAAUGUCUUGUCUUGCAAGGUUAGAUCUUAUUUCUCUUUCAGCUCAAUUCCCCUGGUCUCUGAAGCCUUUUCUUUUUAAACAAGCUUUCCGUUUUAUGGCUUUUUUAUAUUUUGGCUCUGAGAACCCUAUUUUUAACCCCUAUCUUUAAUGUUUUUUUUUCCCCCUCUAGGAUUGUGUUUGGUAUAUAUUUAGUUUUUUAAGAGGUAUUGUGGGGGUUUUGUUAUGUUUUGUUACCUGCUUUCAAUAUCUCCUUUGGGAAGGAAAGUGGGGUAGAAUUGUUAGUGUGUUUGUGUGUGUAUAAAAAAAUGUUUGUCUGCCACAUUGCAGCUACCCAAGAGAUGUAACUAAAUUUCAAAACCAUGUUAAAGACCAGGUUGUGACUGAACCCAUUUCAAUAAAUGUACUGUUGUUAUGAAGAUAUACAGCACAAUCCUAGACAUGCCUACUCAGAAAGAUCUGCAAUGUCAAAGAGGCCUGAGCAAAUAAAAAGGUCUGUAUCUGAUGCCAAAAGGAUUCCACUCUGGACAAGACUUCCUGGGGAAAGCAUACCAGAACAGGCUAUAAAUAUUGUGGAGAUUUUUCCUUUUUUACCACUUGCUUAUUGCCAUAACUUCUAUUUUAUUUCAUAGUCAAUAAAUUUGAAGUGGAAUGCCUCAUUAAGCUUUUCAACAACUUGGGGGUGGAACCCAGCGACCGGCAUGCUGCUGUUGGUUUGGAUCGUAACUCAUUUCGAAAUAUCCUGCAUGUCACAUUUGGUAUGACAGAUGACAUGAUUAUGGACAGAGGUGAGAUUACAUUCUUGCAAAAUUGUGAUAUAUGUAAAACAUCUAUUAAAAUAGCAUCUCACAUAGUUUUGAAAACAUUUCUAUUCCAGUACCCUAUGGUUAUUCACAACAUCAAUAGGACACAUGAUAAUAAUUCUUCUGGUAUUACAUUAAGUGCUUUACUGUUUGUUACUAAUAACAGCCCAUGAAUACGCAUGAGUAAUAGGUAGGUACUGGGAGUACUGUUUGUGUUUGCCAUUUAUAAUGUGGUUUUUGAGCAACUCAAAAAUGGCACCAAUACAAGUAUUGCUAUACAAGUUGCUAUGUAGCUCGGGGACCACCAUCCUUUUUGGGACAGUGGGGGAACAUUUGGGAGUCUGAGAAGCUAUUGUGGGCACAACAUACACUGCAGUCAUUGAUGCACACAUGCUUCACAUUCACUGCAAUUGUGCAUGCUUGCAUGCUCCACUGCCACUCGCAUGCACAUUCCCCACCCCCACUCCAACAAUUAGGGUUACAAAGAAUAUUCUAACUUAUUUCGAGUCUAGUUUGGCAGGGAGGGAAGAGAGGAGUUGAUCUUUCUGGACAGUGUCUCUCCCGUAAUGGUCUCUUUAGCCACAGCGGGCACUGUAACCUUCCAACAGUUUGACUUUACCUCCAAAGGCACAUUCCUCCAUUGUCUCCUGAGACAGAUGGUUGCCAGCAGCAUAAGGCAUUUAUACCCUGCCCUUUAGCCAACAAAACCAUAAGAGCUAUUUAAAAGAAAUUGGUACUAAGCCAAACCUCACAAUUCAAAAAGAUAUGGCACACAAAGAAAAAGAAAUGGAAGGAUGGAAAUGCAAGCUCAAGAACAAUUGCUUCAAGUUAUAGUUCUUAACUGUUUCUCCAAACAUUAACUUGCAAUAAUUCAGCUUUUUCUAGUUUGCUAAAAAUGUCUGUUCAGAGUAGCAAUCUUUCCCCAAUAUCAGUUUAUUGGCAUAGAAUGGUGAAGACAUUUGCAUUAGACACAUUAUACUAACUCAUUUUGAGCAGUAGUCAGUGUUUGUCUAAGUCCUUGCUCUGUGCAGCAUUGUGUAGCAUGACAAGUACAUUUCUGUUGCUCUAAUGAGGCAAUUUAGAUGAGUAGCAGUUAAAGUGUAAAGUACACUACAUCUGUUAAAAUGUCAUCAGAAGCUAUGGUUACUAAAUUACAUAACUGUGUUUUUAAAACUCCCACUUGGUGACACAGAAUUGUUCCAGCAUUACGACUUGGAUCCAAAUGCUACUUUAGGUUUACAAAGAGGUCACGGGCCCUGUAGGAUUUGUUUUUCUUUUGAACGAAAGACCCCCUCCCCUCCUCUGUAUGCCACAUCAGAAGCUGCUUUUGAAAAACCUCUCCGUUUCAAAUACAAGUAGCUAUAUGAAAGGGGAAGCUGUUUUUUUGAGAGCUACAAAUCUAAAGUUCCUCUGGGUCCAAAGAACUUGUGGAUGAAGAAUUGUUUUGAAAUUUCUAAAGGAGUUCUUGUGUAUUUGAACCAUAUAGUUUGUAAGACACAAAUACAUUGGGUGAGCGAUUACUUUGCUGCAAAUAAUUUACAGUAUUUUGAAAUAUACCAUAACUUUUCUUCUUCUUUCAGUGUUCCGUGCUUUUGAUAAAGACAAUGACAGCUGUGUCAGUGUAACAGAAUGGGUAGAAGGUUUAUCAAUAUUUCUUCGGGGGACACUGGAGGAAAAAAUAAAAUGUAAGGUUUCCGUACCAUUAGCAGGUUUUUACGCUAGUCUUCAAAUCUAAGACAAUUUAAAUGACAAGUGUAUUGCUAAAGUAUGCGAGCAAUUUACUUUUAAAAAUAGGAAUGUUUCAUCACUCAUUUUACUACAUUUUUAUCCUCCCUUUCUUUCAAAGUGCUCAGGUGGCAUAUGUGGUUCAUCAGUCUUGUGCUUUUACUGUUGAAAACCCUGUAAGCAGAUGAGGCCAAAUUAAACUUAGGACAGGCCCUAAGUUUAAUUUAGUUUAUAUGAUGAUCCAUUUUCCAGCUGUGAACCAACAUUGCUUCACAAUGUUGUUAUUUGCAUCAUAACAAAUUCUCAAGAGAACACAGUACAACAAAACAAUAAGAAUCAAUCCUUUAAAUCAAUGGGGGGAAAUAUUGAGACAUUUUGUUUUUGAAUAGAGAUUUGAACCCAUAUCGUCUCUGUUUAAUUCCUACACUACAAAAUUCCCUGACUGUGAACCCAGAUCUUAUGAACCAUCCUAGUUUGUAGUUUAGAUCCUUUAGAUAAGAAUGAGAAGGCCUCUCUUAUAGCCACUCCUUCUGCAACUGUUUUUACAAAGUACUUGCUGUCAUGUAUUCUAUCACAAACUAUACUGCCUGCACUACUAUAGAGUAUAUAUCAUUUUGGGAAUGGCCAGUCUACCAUAAUACUGAGUUUGUUUUCAAAGAAUUUGCUUUCCAAAAUCUGGUAUUGCGUCUGAAUAUAUAAGGCACAUAGAUAAAAUGUUUCCUGUUAUCAGUCUUAGGAUCCACUUCAUAUUCACACACACACAUAUAUUUCACAAAAGGUAGGUGGUCCUGCAGGAAAUGAAAAAGAAAAGUAAAUGUAUGAAUAAACAGGAAGUAAGUGUCUAGCUUGGGAGUGUAUAGAGUUAGGUUGAUUUAAAGCCAAUAUAGGGAUAGGGUUAUGAUAUUUGACUAUAAAUAUGCAGCAUCUUAUUUGGGGGAGGGGGGGAAUUCCAAAAAAUUGGCUUCAACAGAGCAGUUCUUGGUUUACUUACUUUAUAUAUAAUUUAGGAUCAGCUAAGCUCUCUCAUUAUGUAAAAGUGCUUUAUUUGAUAUGUAUGCCUGCUUUCCAUUAAAUCAUUUGUCCUUUCCAAAGAUUGUUUUGAGGUCUAUGACAUGAACAGUGAUGGAUAUAUUUCACGGGAGGAAAUGUUUCAUAUGCUGAAGAACAGCCUGCUAAAGCAGCCAUCGGAAGAAGAUCCUGAUGAAGGAAUUAAAGAUUUAGUAGAAAUAACUUUGAAGAAAAUGGCAAGUAUUGUAAUGUAAAUAUAUAGUUUCUCAUGCUUUUGUAGCUUUUGUGCUUGUAUCUAUAAUGUGCUCAUAUGAACUAUUGGUUUAUGGUAAGAGAAGCUCUGCACCCACAUUUUUACAGACGAAAAAGAAGCACAAAUUGAUUCAAUCUCUCUCAAGAAUACCUAAAAAGAUAAUUCAGCAGACCAUCUCCUGAGUAUACUAACUGGCAAUACCAGGUUGAAGUGCUUGCAAGAAUAGGAGCAAAGUACUUCUAAAGGCAUCAGCAAGGCAGAGAAACAUAUACAAUAGUAGCCAAAAGCAUUUCAUUAUACUAUGCUAGCAAGCUGACAGUACAUUUGUAUCUCUACUCAAAGUAAGCCCAUUGGGUUCAAUGAGGCUUACUCUCAGUUAAAUGUACGUGCAUCCUAAAUGCAACUGAAUUAACUAAAAAUACCUGCUUUUGCAGGACUAUGACCAUGACGGCAAACUCUCUUAUGCGGAUUUCGAAAACGCUGUGAGAGAUGAAAACCUCCUUUUAGAAGCAUUUGGACCAUGCUUACCUGAUAUAAAGGUAUUUAUGAAAUCUAUAAAUGCCAGAGUUGAUACAAUCAGAGGGAGGUGAAGUUUGUGGGCUGCCUAGUCAUGUUGUUACGGAUACUUUUCAGCUUGUGCAAUAUGCUGACACAAUCUGCUUGGAGAAACUGUUUAUUAGGCAUUUGCUUGAUUGUUGCCUAUCCUGGUUAUUGAGAUCCGCCAGACAUGCGCUGGGUUUGUAGAGGUAGUGAAUGUCUCCUUGAGAUGAUUUGGUUCCUGCUGCCCUUGAAGACGCACUAGUAGGAUCCCCUUUUAAAUAACCAAUUUUCUUGGGAGAACUACCACCUUGUUUUAAAUAUUCUAUUCUUGGGCAAGGUGGUGGUGCAUGUGACAGCUGGACAACUCCAGGCAGUACUGGAUAACGCUGUUAUUUAGAUCCAUUCCAAACAGUUUUUCUUCCUGGUUUUGGGAAGAACAGCCUUCGUUCUUCUGAAUAUAGGGGGGGACGGGACACAGCUUUAUCAGUUCUCUGCAACCUCAGAGGCUUGCAAUAUCAUAAACCAUAGUGUCAUUCUGGGUGGUUUGGCUGACCAGGUUUGACAUAGGUGGAAUGUAGCUGUGGUGACAAUGAUUCUCAGAGGCGUUGAGGGUGGGAUGCUAACCACCAUGGAUGGAAGUCUACAACUAGUUCUUGAUAGGGUUGCACUCCCCCCAAAGAACCAAGUUUGCAGUUUGGGACUACUGCUGGCCUCUGGGCAAAGUGAUUCAAAAGAAACACAAAUGCCUCCAAUUUCCCCCAAAUUACCACACUGUACUUAUAUAAAAACUUAAUAAAUGCUGUCCCAGAAGAAGUUGUAUGGAGCCUGAAGAACAUGUUCACAUUUCUACAAACUGUUUAACAGUUUGCAAACACUGUUAACACCUUUCUGUUUAGGUGCCUUGGGGGUCAUACUUGGCCAUGGCAUAGGGCUACAUUUCAAAAUACAGUAUUUUUAUAUUUUUUUAAAGUGUGAAAAAUCAGGAUAGAAAGAAGUUUGGUAUGGGUGUUUUGAGAAACACAAGCCCAGAAACUCCCAAGUAACACGAAAAAACUGGUGUUUUUUUUAAUUGAUGGGCACCUCGAGAACAAGUUGUGAUAUGACAUGGGAGUUUGCUGUUCACACUGGAAGGAGCAGAAAUCCCACUGGGCAUAGGCCAUAAUAAAGAUUCCUUGAUAUAAGAGAAAAAUAUUAAAAUUUUACUGUUAAAGUAUAGUGUUAAUAGUUUACGCUUCAGAGGUAUUUUAUAUUGUAUAAGACUAAUCAUAUAUUAAAUACUUAUUUUAAAAAACAUUCUCAUUUUACUUUACAGUGCAGAAUGGCAUUUGAAUCACAAGCAUUCCAAGAUAGUCCCGAUCUGUAG